AUGGCAUCUUCAGUCCAGCCCUGGAUGCUACAGUGCAUUGUGGGUCUUUCCCAAGAUGGCGGCGCCCUUGCUGAAGUGCAGAAGAAGUGUCUCUGGAGAAAUUGUUGGAAUUGUUUGAUAAUUUCACGGCAACUAGCUUACAAAAUUUGCCACGACAACACACGGUUGUGUCAGCAGUCCAUACGAGAAGCGUCAUUGACAGCUCGAGCCUGACAGCGCGUGGCGUGGUUGUGGCAGAGUGUCCGUGUGAAGAUGGGCCUCGUCUCGAGCCCCUUCCCAUAGCAAAGAGCAGCCGUGGGGAGAGAAACCGCAGAUUUCCCUGCAAACACAUACCGGUCGAACUUGGACCUGUCGGGUUCGACAUUGUUUACAAAUUGUGGACGCUACCGUACAAUUUUCUUUCAAGAAUUGUCUGUGCGACCGCGUCUAUAAUAGUCAGGAGACGGAGAGGUUUCCAAGCCCGUAUCGAAGAGGAUUCUACCGCGCCAAGGUCUGUACGCUGCACGCCACCCUGUGAAAAGUGCAAUUUCUGCACAUCUGCUUCACUUGCCAGUCAGUCUUUUCUAAAACAUGUAUCUAACUACUGUAACUUUAAAUUCCACAAGUAACAUGAAGCAUGCACAGUUUUACAAACAUGAAGUACAAAUCUGUGAUAACAAUACUAGCUAGUUGUCAGCAAAUGGGCUAGGGUCUGCUAGCUAGUUAGCCACAAGCUAACCUGUCAAACUCGACUCCGAACUCUAGAACAGCCACGCGCGAACAUUGUUCAAUCACUGCAGGUUGAUAACGUUAUGCCGAUUUCCAAUUCUAUUAAGUAUCAUUCUGCAAUAUUUGCUAUCUCCUUAGAAAAUAUAAUUUCCAUGUAAGUUAGCUAGUCCAUUCCGCAUAUUAUCUACCAUUUGACUGCUAAGUUAAUUUAAAGGGAAUCACUGGUGAGACGUCAUUGUCAGACGUUGACCUUUUUACACAGCUAAUGUUAACCGUGUCAAAUGCAAAUACUGGUAGCUACUAGUUAUGUAUGUAUUAGAACGAGAAUAUGCUGACUACAGCACAUGAAGACAAACGAGUCUUGCAUAGUGGUACUUUGUUUUGGAACUAAAGCUGUUGAGUUCCUAUCCCAUCACUCACCAGGGACACCUGUUGUGAAUGGGGUUAGGGAUGUGAGGUUGCUACUGUUAUUGUCCAUGCCAUUUAUGGGUGGUGGUUAGCUUUGGGACACAACAUUGGGAGUCUGUGUAUUAGUUGCACUCCCUGAGUUGUGCAUAGUUCUGGUGGCUGGCAACAGAAAAUAACCCUACCACAAUAUAGCCAGCUUCACCCAAAAAACGUUUCCUGUUAUCAAAGGCAUAUGUAUAAUCUCAAAACUGUACUUAACAGUUUCGAGAUGAUCUAACAUCGGAAGUCUGUAUUGCUUGGACACCAUGAGUUGUGAAUUGUUCUGGUGGCGACGUUAGAUAACCCUACCACAAUUUAGCUGGCCACACUAAAAAAGUGUUUCCUGUCAACAAAGGCAUUUGUAUAAUCUCUAGGAACUUUACUUACCAGACGUAAAGUUAAAUGUGUCCCUCGCUAUCAAAUAAACGUCGGAAUCCAACUUUUGUCUGAACAGCACCAUAUUCCUGUUGAGUUAGACAGCGGGCAGCCAUUAGACCACACACUUCAGGCGAGACUUCCUACCACAAAAUCUACCACUGUCUACACAGCAGGAAUAUGAUAUGGUUCGGACAAAAGUUGGAUUCCGACGUUUAUUUGAUAGCGAGGGACACGUUUAACUUUACGUCUGGUAAGUAGAGUUCCUAGAGAUUAUAUAAAUGCAUUUGUUGACAGGAAACACCUUUUUAGUGUGGCCAGCUAAAUUGUGGUAGGGUUAUCUAACGCCGCCACCAGAACGAUUCACAACUCAUGGUGUCCAAGCAAUACAGACUUCCGAUGUUGUCACAAAGCAAGGUGGUGGUAGUUUUUAACCCAGAGCUGCUCCUCAUCUGACCGGCAGUGUGAGCUGGGCUAUGGCUAACCCAACGCUGCCCAAACUUUCCUAGUCAUUAGGAAGCAGAACUUAAAAUGGUUGAAUAGUUUGGGUCAAAAAUAGAUUGCAUCUGAUGGACACAUGUUAAAUAUUUAUCGUAUUCCUCAAUGUUACACAAAAACAUACUGUACAGCUAUAUCCUAUUAUUGAAUGAAGAAACCUUUUUUAACAUUGACCUCAACCUGACCUUCUCUCCAUCUCUCCCUCAGGGCCCUGAUGAAAAUGGACUCGGAACUGCUGCACUCGCCGGCCGUGUGCCUGGCUGAGGAGGAGGAGGCGGACAUGAGCGACUGGAACUUGCCGCUGGCCUUCAUGAAGAAACGCCACUCAGAGAAGAUCGAGGGCUCCAAGGCCCUAGCCCAGAGCUGGAGGAUGAAGGACAGGGUAAGAGACAUCCUUAGUCCUUAUGGUCCCGCUGCACCAUGUCCUAAGUCUUUACGCUGGUUUACUGAACUAGGGCUUUUUACUGGUGAACGGAUAAAGGCCCUAACUGUGUUGCUCAUAUUAUGCAGUUGCUCUUGGUUCUCAUUAUAAGGUUAAUGUUGUUGAGUCUUUGAAAGUAGCUCAUGAAUGAUGAACUGAAACCAGAGAGACUUUUUAAUUGGAGACCACUGUAUUGUGUUCAAUAUCCAGAAGCUAUGGUUAGGUUCUCAAUUGCUAGAGCAGGGCGCUUGUAAAGCCAGGGUAGUGGGUUCGAUCCCCGGGACCACCCAUACGUAAAAAUGUAUGCACACAUGACUGUAAGUCGCUUUGGAUAAAAGCGUCUGCUAAAUGGCAUAUAUAUUUUUUUCUACAGCUGUGCCGAUCUGAAGAUCUCUUCUUUUAAACAGCUGCUUUUCCAGAUUAUUUUAAGUUCUCAUUUAAUUUAUUUAACUUCAUUAUCACAUUUGACUGAAGUAGGUCUACUUGAUAAUUGAAUUUGACUUGCAAAGUUGCUGUUGAACUAGCAUAUCGUUUGCCUUCCAGAAAGGAAACGCAGGAUUGUUUUUAUUUUUUAUCCAGUUUGCUUUAUUUUUUAUUUUUGUAUUUAUUUAAUACUUUUUUAAAUAUCAAAACAUUAAAUCUACCUGCAGUGAAGCCGCUCAACAUUUACAUUACAAUCAGUCAUCAAACCAUCUCCUGUCCAGAGCGACCCACAGGAGCAACCAGGGUCAAGCGCCCCGCCCUAGGGCACGUCGACAGAUCUCCCACCAAGUGAAACUGGGGACCCAAACCAGCGACCUAUCUGCCACCAGCCCAAGCUCCCAACCGCCACCGUCCCCCAAUGCACCAACAACCAACUAAAUUAACCAAAGAGAAAAACAAAGGAAAACAACAACAACAGAAAACAAUCAUGCAAAAAUAAAAGACAACAAAAAUCUAAAUAGCAAGGCCAACUGUAUACAUUUCAGUGCAUGUGUGGCACUAUUUACAUGUGUCCGGGUGUGUGCACAUGUGUGCGUUUUGAAUGCGAGUGUGUGUGUGUAUGCAUGUGUACACACGUACAAGCACUUGUGUGGCCUCAGCCUCAGGCAUACAGUCACUGGAUGUAACAGCGUUGCCCCUUAGUGUCAUUCAAGCUGACUUUUUAUUUAUUAGUUACUUUUUUUUGGACUUUUAUCUUUGACCGUCAUUCUAUCCCCCGCCCAGCAACUUCAUCUCCAGUUCCAUAUCCCAACCUUCAGUUUCCCUCAGCCUUUCCCUCCUAUCUCUGCUGGCCACCCUCUUCAGAUUUCUAGGCGCCAUAUAUCUUUAGAGAGCACGGUGUACAUUUACAUUUUUACAUUUACGUCAUUUAGCAGACGCUCUUAUCCAGAGCGACUUACAGUUAGUGCAUACGUUAUUCUUUUUUAUUUUCAUACUGCCCCCCCGUGGGAAUCGAACCCACAACCCUGGUGUUGCAAACGCCAUGCUCUACCAACUGAGCUACCUCCCUGCCGGCCAUUCCCUCCCCUACCCUGGACGACGCUGGGCCAAUUGUGCGCCGCCCCAUUGGUCUCCCGGUUGCGGCCGGCUACAGCAGAGCCUGGAUUCGAACCAGGAUCUCUAGUGGCACAGCUAGCCUUAGACCACUGCGCCACUCGGGAGGUGUACCAACUCAGUCUUGCGCCAGAGGACAAUUUGAAUCUAUCUAAUCGAAUAUAAUCCGCAGAUUGCGAGUUGAAGAUAAAUACUUUUACUAAGAGUAUAUUAGUAAUUGACUGACCAGGUCUCUCCAGAUCUCCCAACAAUGCUAUUUCUAGGGUCAAUUUUAGAUUAAAGUUAUGCUUUUUCAGCAAUUCCUGAACCUGAGUCCAGAAACAUGCUACCUGAGGGCAAUACCAGAACAAAUGGUCUAUUGAUUCUGUAUGCUCACAACAAAAUGUACAGAGCUGCGAUGAUUGUAUUGCCUAAAUAUUCAACAUUUUGUUGGUGGCAAGAAUUUUGUACAAUAAUUUUUGCUGAAAACCACGAAGUCUUGAAUCUUGCGUCGUUUUUAUAUAUCAACUCAUACACCCCGUGCCAUGGAAUCGGUACAUCAAAAAUCUCUUCCCAGCUAUUUUGCAAUCUGUAUGGCAGGAACAUCUUGAUAUAACAUUACUAUCAUCAUGGUCUACUGCUUUAGGAAAGACAUAAUUCAUUCUACAGCGAGACUUCCACAUUAAACCUUGUUAAGGUUAGCCUUCGUCUAUAUUUUUCCCCAUUUGUAGAAAUUCAUUUUAACUCAGCUUCAGGCUUUGGCAGUGGAAUUUCAAUGCUUUUCUCUAGUAAAUGGUGAGAGUGGGAUUUCAAUGCUUCUCUCUUGUAAAUGGUGACAGUGGGAUUUCUGUGUUUCUGUUACACCUGCCAGGGCUUAUAUGAAAGGUGCUGUUAGAUCCCUGCAGCACUUGCUACCUCAUUGUUUCAUAGAUUCUGUUAUGGAGAGCUAUUGCUGCAAUAAUGCCAAGUGUCACAUUGCCAUACGUUAUGCCGGCUGACUUAGUAUCCCUAUUGGCUAGACAUUCAGCUAAAUGAAAUUUUAACACACUACUGCUAAUAUGACAGAAUUAGGCUGCUACACUGUGCUUAAGUCUGGCUUCAGGCACUGAAUUAAAUUGGAACCAUAAAACAUUAAUUCAUAUAUUCAUUCCAAAACAGGAGAGAUUGCUGGGGUAAGACAAAGGGACAUUCUUUCUCUAACACGGCUAGAAAAUGUGCCUAAAUCAUUUAGGCUAGUUUAUGUUCUACAAAUAAUACAUUGUUUUGCAUAAAUUAAUUUAAUUACUGUACCGGUUUUGAUUGAGUAGGGCCUACUGCAGGGUUCCUCAACUGGCGGGCCGCGUGCCGAAUUUGGCCCAUGGGUGAUUUUAUAAAACAUGAGUAUUUUUUUAUUGUUGGACAUAAGACUGUAAAAACACCAGCAAAUCAGCUCCAAGUGAUUAAUUUUGGAAAUCUGUACCAAAGUAUAGAGCUAUAUGUGAUCGUAUACAAAUGUAAGCAAGGUUUGAAAUUGUUUUAUUUAAAUAUAUUUUGGGUUCUUAUGGUCAAUUUGCAGUCUACAAAUUAUUUGUAAUUAUGUUCCGGCCCCCUGACCAUCCGCUCAAGAAAAAAUCGCCCUGCUGCUGAAUGUAGUUAAUGAUCCCUGGCCUACUGUCUUAACGCGAAUUACUAGAGGGGGAUCUACAGUGCCCUCCUGAAUUAUUGGCACCCUAGGUAAAUAUGAACAAAAAAGGCUGGGAAAAAAUGUCAUUGUUUUUCUGCUUGAUCUUACACUCAAAAUAUCAUAUGAAUCUAACCUUUGAGUAAAAAUCAUCACCAAUAAAUAAUUAUUUUAUUCAAAAACAUGGAUGUCACAAUUAUUGGCACCCCUGCGUUUAGUACUUUGUGCACCCUCUGCCAAGAUAACAGCUCUGAGUCGCCUCCUAUAAUGUUUGAUGAGGUGGGAGAACACAUAGGAAGGGAUUUGAGACCAUUCCUCCAUACAGAAACUCUCCAGAUGCUUCAGUCUUUGGUCCUCGCUUGUGGACUCUCUCUUCAGCUCACCCCACAGGUUUUCAAUGGGGUUUAGGUCAGGGGACUGGGAUGGCCAUUGCAAAAGCUUGAUUCUAUGAUCAGUGAACCAUUUAAGUGUGGAUUUGAAGGUAUGCUUUGGAUCGUUGUCCUGCUGGAAGAUCUAACGACGACCCAGUUUUAGUCUCCUGGCAGAGGCAGACAGGUUUUGGCCUAAAACCUCCUGGUACUUGGAGUCCAUGAUGCCAUGUAUCCUAACAAGGUUCCCAGGGCCUUUGGAAGUAAAACAGCCCCACAACAUCACAGAUCCACCACUAUACUUCACAGUGGGGAUUAGGUUAUUUACGCCAAACCCACCUUUGUUGUCAAAAGCUCUAUUUUGGUCUCAUCAGACCAUAGAACCUGGUUCCAAUCAAAGUUCCAAUGACAUUUAGCAAACUCCAGGCGCUUACAUUUGUGGUUUGGUGACAGCAAAAGCUUUCUUCUGGCAACCCUGCCAAAUAACUUGUUGGCAUGGAGGUGGCAUCUAAUAUGGAGUUUUGGAGACUUGGUGACCCCAAGAUCUAACCAACUUCUGCAAUGCUCCAACUGUGAUCCUUGGAAAAAUGUUUUGCCACUUGAGCCUUCCUUCUCACUGUGCGUGGAGGCACAGGCUUCUAGGUUGUCUGGGAGCCUUGCCUUGCAAGCUCCUUGCUUAAGCAACAAUGUAGUUAUGCAUGUAGAAUACACAAUAACAUUACUCUAAUUGACUGCCUAUUUCGGCGAAAAAUAUGAUUUGACAUUUGUUAGUUUAGAUUUGUUUAUUUAUUAUCACAUUUGUAUUUGUAAAAGUAAUACAUUUAUAAACACAACACAUUUUAUAUGAUCAGAUAUUUUUAUUUUUAAACACGACGCAUUGAAUUAUGGAACAAUUACACAUGACACAUUAUUGAACAAUUACAUUUUAUUUUGUUUUUAACUAGUAAACCUACACAUUCUGAACAAUUUAUAGUUUUAAGCAGUGUAUUUGUAGUUAACAUGCUACCUAACUGAUCAACAAUUAUAGGUACAAGCUAAUAAGGUGUAUAUAUGCUAUCUUACUGAACAAGCAGCUUAACUUAAAUAAUGAUGUGUGCGCUAGGCAUCUCUCUCCAGGUUGUUUUGCUGCUUGGCUGGCUAGUUGCUCAAUGGUUUCCUCCAGAUAUUGCCACUGUUCUUGCUCACACUGCAGUGCACACUGCCACCAUCAGCUGUGUGUCUCCGCCAGUUCCAGAAAGUCUCUUCAUCUUCACUGUCCAACUGCAUUGUCACGGAGCUGGAACCAGCAGAAGAGGAUGGAGUGGCCUUAAAGCUGUAUGCUGCUGUAGUGCCAAACUGCUGCAGAACUUCACUUGGUAGUUUAUGCUGGUAACAGGUAUCACCAGCCAGCUUCAGUCCAUACCGCACCAGGAGUAUGGAGUUGAGAGUGUGCAGUGACAUUAUAUUUCUUAACUUUGACUUGACCACACUCAUUUGGCUGAACAGCCGUUCAACCUCCGCAUUUGAGUGUGGCAAGGAGAGGGCAGCGAGUGCAGCUUUGCGCAGUUCUUCAAAUAGAUUUGACCCGGAAGAGUCCAUGUAAUUAUUCACUUCACUCCAAAACUCUACUGUAUUUUUGUUGAGUCCCACCUAAACAGAUGGAUGUUUCUCCAUUGGGAAACCAUUUGAUCAAUUGUUUGUGGCUGGUACCCCAGUAGCUCAGACCUUUCAUCUCUGCGCAAGAUGAGUUUUACACCCUCUCGAAAGUACCAAGGUAUGGUGAUGAGUGAUUUCCAUCAACAUCCUUCGGACUCAAUGCUUGCCUAUGUUACCUGCGCAAAUGUUUAUAGGUUGUACAGUUGUCAAAGCUUCCAGAUCUGUCUUGCUCUCCCUCAAUGACUUCACGCAACUUUGUAGUUCGACGGAUUGAUUCAGAAUGUCCGUGAAUCGUUGGCUUGGCCAUGUACAUGGCGUGGAUCAGAUCGCCAUGUAGCAAUGCUCACUGCCUUGGUAAACCAGUGGCGUUUCAGUUUUCCCACUGGCUCAAUAUACGAGUUACCGCAUCAAUGAUAGCCAUCCUGGCCACACUUGUGAUCUCAGGGUUUCUGCAAUUUGGUGGCAUACACUGCUUUGUACGCCUCGCGCCGUUUUGGGGAAAUCGAAAACCAGUUGUAGGUUUCCCUGAUUAAGUACUCAACACUCCUAGGGAUGGUUUCUUUGGAUGCUGCACUGACAGCCAAUUGUAAAGAAUGGCACACACAGCGGAUGAGUACCAAAUUGGGUAAAUGCACAUUCUUCCUUUAAAAUCUUGUGCACCCCAUUGUGCACCCCAGUCAUCACAGAUGCAUUAUCAGUGCCAAUACCCUGAAUAAUAUUUUUUUUAAAGGUUACACUUCUGAAGAAACUCAACUACCACCUUUGCUAUUGAUCUGGCAUCGCCCCCCUCCAAUUCAACCAGCCUGAGAAAUGUGGACACAAGUAAAAAAAUUUAGCACUGAAAUACCGACUCACCACACCCAGGUAUUUCGAGACACUGACAUCAGUGGACUCAUCCAAAAGGAGACUGAACUUCUCAUCCCCCACAUCUGAUGUUACCCUUUUGUUGCUGCCACAGAAUCUGAAAAGGCAGCUUUGCAAGCCAUACCUAAAUGGUUGUAUGCUAGCAGCGAACAAUGCUCCUCUAUGGCCAUUGCCAUAGUAGCUUCUGCGCUUGUGCAGUUAUCCACUUUCUUAACCAACUGUGGUAAUGUAGACUGCGUUGCGGGGUUGUACAGUUUUGAUUGAUUUAUAUGCUUUGCUUGCCAUUAUUUUCUGUACUUCUGGCUGUACAAUUUUGAUUGAGACAUGUUGAUUGAUGUUGUAAGUUCUGUUCAAGAUCAAACAUUCGUGACCAACUAUAUUCAUUGGAUUUGUCUCGUCGAACGCAUACUACUGCUGCUGCAGUCAGCCAACAAUGAUUUGCAAUUUGCUGGAAUUGCUGCUGGCCUGCUGCUGCCUGUGCACGAGCUGAGCACCUGCUGCUGACGUCACUCACGAUACACUUUUGCAGCCAGGCACGUGUGUUGUCACUGAGUGUGUGACAGAGAAAAUCCUUUUUUGUCAUUUAGAGGGAAAAUGCGUGCUGUGUGUCACCUCAAAACAGGAAGUCAUGAAUGACCACAAGAGUUCCCAAAGACUCACAUUAAUUUUAAAAAGUAAAAUCGGAAUAUACAUCAAUUAGAUUUUGUUCAUAAGAAUUUCUAAGGGUGCCAAUAACUGUGACAUGCAUGUUUUGGAAUAAAAUAAUUAUUUAUUGAUGAUUUUUCUUUGAACAAUUUUAACUUAAUUAAAGGUUAGAUUUAUAUGAUAUUGUAAGUGUAAGAUCAAGCUUAUUAAUAACAAUGACAUUUUUUCAAAGCCUUUUUUGUUCAUAUUUACCUAGGGUGCCAAUAAUUCAGGAGGGCACUGUAGAUUGGUUGAUAGUGAUGGGUGAUAAUGAUAGGGGUGGUACUAGAGUCCCCAUUGGCUGUGUAUCUAAAGAGUUAAAGCUGUUGAGAGGAUUGUCUUGUGAUGGGGCUAUCGAGGGUUCCAUAAAUGAUGUGCUGCAUCGUGGGAAAUCAGCAGGAUCAUGGCCAGCUAGCUACUACACUACAGACACUGUUGGGCUUUCUCAGGAUGAGAGGUGGCAGGCUGCCUAAUUACAAGGCCCAUUGGUCAAGGUGGGGUCCCUGUGGAGAUGUCUGCUAUUGAGUUGUGACCAUGUCGAUGUAUGUGAUGCGCUCAUGAAGCAAAGCAGCUUGUGUGUGUGUGUGUGUGUACACCUGCUAGUAUAGUGCAAGUGUGUGAAUGAUUCCAGGAUUGCAGAUAAUCUGUCCUGGUCAGCCGUGUUGCUGCUCCGAAUCCCACAAACUCUGCCUCUCCCAGUUGGGCUUGUCUAUGGCUGCAGCUGUGUGCUAUAUGGCUGUGUGUUAGUGGCAUUGGACCUAAUGGGAUAGAAAUGUUAUUUAUGGUACCCAAAAUAGUUGAGGGUUUGGCUCUGUUCUAUAGAUGUCAGGGAGAGGGGUGGGGCUAGAGUCCUCUAAAAGGAUACAUUGUAACACUGAAUGACAUUCAAACGCAGUGACAUGGAGUAGUGCGAGACAAACCAACCCUAACCCCAAAGUACACUGUUAGUAGACCUGCCUGAACUGGGACUAUAGAGUGAGCUGUUAGUGGAUGAGCAGUGGCUCGCUGGAGAGAGAGGCUAGAUGGCGCCCUGUACAGAACAGCCAGGCCUGCAUCUACUAUACCAGAGAGUAAGGCUGAACGAUUUUGGAAAAUAAUCUAAUUGCGAUUUUUUGCCCCCAAUAUUGCGAUUGCGAUUUAAUAUGCGAUUUAAUUUAUUUAUCCUUUUUCCCCUACAAAACAUAAUGAAUGAUUUAAAUAUGACCAACACAAUAGUAUAUACAUUUAGUGUGAAAUGUUCUUUCCCAUAGGCUGGGUCUAUUUGUUAGAAUUAAAUUCAAACAUGUAUGACUUGAAAUAAAUGACAUUUUUAUUGAACUGCUCAUUACAGAAACAUCUGUGGCUUUGCCACUGUGCAUUUAAAUAAUUUAAACAAAGGCAUGAACUUUGUAAACACUGUGUGCAAAAGGUACAGUCUUAAGAAAAAAAUAAUUUUAAAUUGUAUGUAUCUUACUGCUCCCAAGUCAGUAACAUUUCACACAACUGAAACAAGGAAUUUGCUUUGAAAAUAUUUUGUAAAAUCAAAGUAAAUAAAGUUAUAAAUAAAAAAUGAGAAAUGCACUUUUAAUUUAGACAAACUAUUUUUUAUAAACGAUUUGAAUAUUAUAAUAUAAAAUAGAUGAGCCUCACUUAUCUCAAGUACACAACAAUAACACACCACACAGACUAAAGUUCACUACGAGUAUGGCACUGCCAGCCAUACUUAUCCAACAGUUCUGUUCUCAGUGGCUCACAGGUUUUUUGCUAAGAAAACCAGAAUAUUGACUUUUUCUGGCUUCAAGGAUGAGCGAGUGCAAGUCACAAUAUUCCCUCCUGUGCUAAAAAGACGCUCUGAGGGAGCGCUUGUAGCAGGUACACAAAGAUACUUGCGUGCCAUGGUGCACAACUGUGGGUAGCUGAUCUUGUGCACCCUCCACCAAGCCAAUGGAUCAUCUUCUCCAUCAAUGGUAGGAGUCAUCAGGUAAUUGUUUAUCUCUGCCUCUGCGACUGAGAGGCAUCAUAUCUUUGGCUAUGAACUCGGUUAUUGUCCGAGUGAUUUCUCCGUGCCGUUUUGAAUUACGUUCAUACGGAGUGACACUUUCGAACAUUUCUGUCAGUGAUCCCUGUCUUGAGGUAUUUGGCUUGUCUCGCGCACUGAUGCUCGGCAUUUUGGUCAUACAACUGUCAUGCAUUGAUUUGUGGUAUUUUUUUAAGUGCUGAAACAGGUUUGUAGUGUUACCCCGUGAAGUAGCAAUCGGAGCACGGCAUGCUCUGCACAACACCUGACGCUGCUCAGCAUCUUCUUUUUUAAAACCAAAAUAGUUCCACACCACCGACGUGCUGUUCCUCUUCGAUAUUAAAGUAUCAGCUGUGUCAGUUUCUGACUGUUCCGUCGAGCAAGAGGCCAUUGCGCUGGACAGCAUGAAAAGUCGCGUCACGUGACCACCUCAAAUCGCGCACGUUGCGAUUAGAAAAUCGCGUUCAGUCAAAUCGCGAUAUUAUCGCGAAUGCAAUUAAUCGUUCAGCCCUACCAGAGAGAGAGACUCUUGUUCAUAUCCGUGUCCAAUACAUAACCACACAAUACCAGAACCUUUUGAGGAGCUAUGCCAUGUCCAGGGCUUGGCCCUGAUGUGAAGCUGUGCUCUAGACCAGGGUUUCCCAAACUCGGUCCUGGGGCCCCCUCUGGGUGCACGUUUUGCUUUUUGCCUUGGCACUACACAGCUGAUUUAAAUAACCAACUCCUCAUCAAGCUUUGAUUAUUUGAAUCAGCUGUGUAGUGCUAGGGCAAACACCCAGGGGGGCCCUUAGAACGGAGUUAAACAUCAGUAUGGCUUGUAUAAAGGUACUCUCGGAAACCCAGAGCUAGGCGCAACAGCAUUAGGUCUGGGAUUAAUGGCGGACAUGCCAGAACGUUGUAAUUCAAAACUAAAGUUUGCAGGCAAAACCUUUGCGGUGGUUUAAGUGAAGGUGGUUAAUGCAAACUAGCCACUUGCGAAAUGCACUCAUUAAAAAUAACCUCUGUGAUCUCCAUCUUGCUAACUACUAUUUUGUGCCUGGGGGAUGUUUAUGUUAUGGCAACAAGUGGAUAAGACAGUGAUGUAGGAAAGCAGGAUGUCCCAACUCCGCCCUUUCCUCUAUGCCAAACUGACGCUGUAUGUGUACAGACGUUUAAGCCGGAACAUUGAUAGGCCUACAUUGUGGGAGGCAACCCGUCUGUCUAGAGAGACUAGUACAAGAGGUCAGACGUAGACCCUGAUCUGUUCUGUUUUGCUUUCUAUCCUGAUAUUCCAGGGUCUGCUGUGGAUAAAAGCAUAACAUUUGAUACAAACAUUCUUCAGAUGAUUGAAAACCUCCUAGAAGGGUUGCCCAUUUCAAACUUGUUCAGGAAGCAAGUUAUGAGAUUUUUCCAUGCCCAGCCCCCUCUUUACCACUCAGCCCAGAAAGCGCCAACCCUGCUCAGCUACAUGGCCUGACCUCCAUGGUAUGUUUAGGAAAGGAUAUCAAUCGUCAGCUGUGUUUAUGAAAUCAAUGUGCUGUGGUUAAGCGGGUAAGCUUGACUUCAAAACACUGCCUUCAUUUCCAUUCCAAAGCUCUUUCUCCAUGACACCGUUCAUAAGAGAUGUUCCACCAAUGAUGUGAUGGUGAGGGCUGUCUGUGUAUCAGAUGAUCCCUGACCCAUGUGCACACACAGCUGUUGAUUCAGCACGUGAGACCGCACCCCUGUCCUGUCUCAGUUCCUCAUCAGAGGAAUGUGGAGGCUGCACGCACGGUCACACACACGGCACCAGAUAGAGAGAAAGGAAAAUAGAAGUAUCCCAUCUUACAAUACAUUCAAUCAAUACUAAAUCAACAACCACACCAUUGUAGCAGGAGCGAAAUGAGGCAGGUAAAUCCAGGUUGAAUAGCAGUCUGAUUCAGAUACUGUAGAUAGUCUUUGACAUGAAUAUGGAAUGUCUUUGGGCUAAAAUUCAGAUCUGUAUCAGAGGGACACAUUAAUGCAGGGAUGAGCAGUUGGAUGUCAUUUCUACCCUGUUUCUGUAGUUCUAUUGCUCACAUUUUAACUACUACGUUAUCUCUGUAGGAGUUUUAUCGAAAUCAACAGCCACUGUUGCCAUCGAAGAACACAAUUGGUGUGUGUGUUGGAGACCGGAGUGUGUGCGCGCGCACAAAGUGUGUUGUCUUUAAACUGGUAAUUGAGUUUGGUGACUCCCCCUCUCUCAUUAAUAACCAUGCAUGGGACUCCAGGGAACUUUGAGCCAUUCCUUCCCUCCCUCCGAUCCAGCACCUCGGCCCAUACGGAUCAAUGGCCAGUGACUAUUCCAUUUGUUAGGCCUGCUAUAAAUUAAGGCUAUUUAAACAGAGGGGGCAUCGAUCUCCCCCGUGCCAGGGCAAGGCCAAGCAGACUAGUAGGCUGGACGGAUGUGGAGAUCGCAGCCUCAGCUUGGGCCACUCACACUUUAUAGCCAACAGGACACACAUUAGGGCACGGUCACACUCCUGAUACACGUACAUUAUCACAAACCCUUGUCGUCCGUCUUAAAGUUUUCUGUGUUUUCCAUCAGUCACGGAUAGACAAAUAAUUAAGUACCCGUGCCAUUCACCUGUAUGAUAGUGAGCAUUGUGAACAAGUCCACAAAAACAGAUUGAACCAAAGUCUGCUUCAGCUUUCACUCUACUCCUCCACUGUUAUCCCUCACUCCCUCUAUUUCUCCCCCCUCUGCGCUGCUCCGAACAGGAUUUAUGGGAUUAUUGGAAAUCCAUGAGGUCCAGGAGACCUGUAUUAAAAUGUAAUUUUGUUUAGGCUUUCCUUCAGAUUACUGUUAACAAUCAAGGGGGGUGCACCCUCUUCAGAAGGAGACCGUUGUUAUGGAGGAUCAGAGCCUCUCCCCAGGGGGGCCGGACUUAGCCGCCUCCUUUUCAUUCCUUUUCCCCCUCCUUUCUCCUCCUCUCCUGUUCAGUGUUCAUCUUCUAUAUAUAUAUAUUUUUUUAAACACAGAAGAGCUUCAAAAGUGUAUUAAAGCAGCACACUGUUUUGUACUGAGCUUGCUACAACAUGUACACAUUCUAGUCCCCAUUCUCUUGAUUUGUGGUUUCUGUGCUGCUUGUAGCUCUCUUGGUACUAAAUUAGUUUACCCAAAUCCAAUAGUCAUUUCAUUAUUUCGGUGGCUAAAAACCGCCGCAAAAUAACAGCCUACCAAACCACUACAAUAUUAAAGAACCUGUCACAAGCCAAAAAAAAUUCUCUGCACAAGGCAAGCAUCUUGGUUUUGUCCCAAAUGACACCCUAUUUCAUGUAUAGUGCACUACUUUUGACCAGGGCCCAUAGGGUUGCAGCCCUUAUGUCUCCUCCAGUUGGAAUGUAUGAUCUCAAUAGGAAGACAAUAGACUUCUCCACUGAAGUGAGAAAUUAAUGGGAUUCAAUCAAUGGGAGCCAACAUCUGGCUGCUGUCAAACCUAAAUGCCACAUUAGCCUAUUAUGAAUCCGAAAGAAAGAUUCUACCUCCCCAUUCGUCUCCAUUAUAACACAUUUUUACAUGCAAAUGCCUCUGUUUUAUUAGUCGCUCACAUAUGUCGUUGGGAAACAAAUAAUUUCAUUAGGAUUGUUUAUUGUGAUGAUAAUCACCUUAGUGCCAGGCUUUGGUAAUGUUGCUGGUGAAUUAGUAUGGUGCUGAACUUCGCCAAGUCAAGACAGAACAUCUGGCAUGAACGUACCUCACUUCUAAAACUGAUCUACAGGUGAGGGUUUGUGUGUGCGUGACUGGGUGUGGAUAGGUAUUGGUAGACAGUUUUAAAAUCCAGGACCUGCUUUUGGUGCUUGACUGUGAACAGUGUGGGUGCUUGUGUGGGUAGCUAUCUUCACUUUGACCAAACAACACAGACACUGGAAGAAUAAUUGCAGUCAGAAAUACUCAUGACUGUUCAAGUUUAUUUCAGUCAAACAGUCAGUACACUCCUUCCCAAUUGCGGCCAUAACUAUUGUGUGAAUAAAUAGGAAAGAAAAUAUUUGCCUUAACACAUUUCCUUUUUGCGAGGCAUAGCUGUAAAACCUGCAGUCUGUAGACUGGUUGUGUCCAAAAUGGCACCCUAUUCCCUAUAUAGUACACUACUUUUGACCAGAGCAGAGCCUAAUGGGAUGCUGCCUUUGUAGAUUCUCUGUUGAUGCAGGGCUGAAAACUCCCCCAGGCGUGUUAUCAUUUCAGCUAUAGUAUCUUUAAAGGGCACAUCCCAACCGACUUAUCCCCACUGGGCUCAAUGUAUAGGAAAGCAGUCAUGCCUACCUGAGGUUAGUGUAGUGAAAGUAAAGCCUCUAUUACUGAGGGAUCCUAUGGGACAGAGAUGGAUUCACAUCCACGCUCCUAUGGGUUUGAUUAGAGUUGGAACCACAACAUUGUGGGAAAUGAAAUGCCAUGAGGUUCUUUCCCCCUCUCAGCUUUGCUCACUCCUCAAGCUCCUCCUGCACUUGUAUGAGAUUCAUCUGAGACCUAGCUGCAUCUUUUAUUGUCUCCUGUAUCUUGACCUCUACUCCCCUGUCUCUGCUUUGUGUGUGUGUGUGUGUUAGGGGUGUCCCCGACCUAAAAAAAAAUCUUUGUCGAUUCUAUGUUGCAAUCUUCAGUGAAAAAUUAUUCUUGUGAUCUAAUGCUUACUUCAUUGAGAAUGUAUGUUCAGUUGAAAUUUGGUCAUAGAAAUUUCCGGAUUAUGAAAUUACGUAUUUCCCUGACGUUGAAACUCAGGUUACAUUUUUGCUUCUGAAUGAAAGUUGAAAAUACGUAAUUUACAUUUGUUGAAAAUACGUUUUUUUUGGUAAUUCAUUCUAUGCCCAAAUUUCAACUGCACAUACAUUCUCAAUGUAGUAAGCAUUCUAUCACAAUAAUACAUUUGAAAUCUAUUCAAUAUAGGAAAGAGGAACUAACUGAAGAUUGCAACAGAAUAUGUAUUAUUGCUCCAUUUUACAUUUACAUUUUCCAUCUGUCCCAUGCACUUAUGUUCGUUUUUCAAAAGCUUUUAAAUUGGCAGCGAUGUUGAAAGGAGUCCAACCAACAGACCCACCUCAUCAACAUUCUCAGUAAUGGUUACAGAAAUAUUUAUUUCUUACUAUGAUUGAUAUGUUGUUUAUCUGCCUUAGUUGAAUGAACUGACUGUCAGUCGAUCUCGAUAAGAGCGUCUGCUGAAUGACCAAAACGUCCAGAAAAUACGUCUUUUCACCUUUCAUUCAGAACCUGAAACCUGCCUUUUUAGAUGUAUUUAUAAAAUAAAAUCUUACUGGGUGAUGUCAAUGUGAAAUUUUGCAUGGAGAAUCUCCCCGGUCCCUAAACGUCUUCGCUCAGUGAAAGAAGCAGAAAUGAAAGAGAACUUUACAGAUGUCAACUAGAUUGUUGAUGCAUUCAUUCUAUCGAUUUAUGACAUUCUGGUGAGCAAGGCUUUAUUUAGUAUUCUAGAGCUUCAAGUAAUAACAAGAGUAGCUGCAUGUAUCUAAUUAUAGAAAAGUUGACUAACAAAUAGCCUACCUAAUGUCGGUUAUUAUAAGCAGAAAAAAAUAUCUAAAUGUGGCUUAACUUUUUUUUUUAAUCCCACAUCCAAUGUCCCCCAAAAAAACUGCCGUCCCUGGACAAAUUAGGAAUAUAAUUUUUAUUCAUGGAUACAGGGGUACUCGUGAGUGGAAUAUCAAAGCUGCAUGUAAACAGCUUAUCCUGAAAUAAUAACUUAAUCGGGAUAUGAGCUAUUAUUCAGAAUACUAUGCGCAUGUAAACGUGGUGACUGACGCGAGCUUGCUCAUUGACUAUUACUAUUUGGAAAGAUGCACAAAGCUACUAACACCGGAGUAUGAGCUCCUCAAGUAAAAAUCAGUGCAGGGUUUCAGACUGCCCUCUCUGUUCUGACCUGGAGGUUCUGGCUUCUCUCUAGCUCUGUGUGUGUGUGUGUGUGUGUGUAUCCGUGUGCGCCCCAGUGGAUCGAUCUGUGUUCUGGUGCACAUUUUUACCUGACCCUGUUCCCUCUGCUCUCCCCCUGGGCUUGUUCUCUAUCAGACUAGUCUACACUACAGUAAACUGUCUGUUAGGAGCAGUAGCUACAGAACUCUGCUCACCACCAUACUAAAUUCAAUACACUUCUGUCUGCAAAGAGUUUCUGCCUUUCUGUUUGUCAGUUACAGAGUUCAAUUAACUUCCAUUAUUCAGGCACACAUUCAAUUAAAUACACUUCAAUAGACCUUUCUUGGAAAGUCCUUGGGAGAUAAAUCAAUCACCAGUAAAUGGGUUCUUUCUUACUGCUGUAUUAUUUAAGCGACAUCUGGGCAAGGUUUAUAUAAAGAGUUGUGACUGUUUUUUAAAAUAUAUUUAAAAAUAUAUAUUUUUAUUACAGAAAGCACAUGUACAGUGAAUCGUGACUGAUGUAUCAGAGUCGUGACAGUCUACAGACUUCAAAGAUAAGUUUGUGUGUGUUAAGUUCUACCCUCUCUUAUAGCAGAACACUUUGAUGUGUUCUCCAUAUUGUAGUGCUUGGCAUAGUGUUGGAUCCAGCCUCUGUCUUGCCGAUAGACAACAUGGCGCUUCACUCUCCAGAUCAGGUCAGCAGCACUCAGUGGUUCAGAAUUGCAAAGUCACGUCAGGCUAUGCCAACUAGACAGACCUGCCAAUGGAUCCAUCCAUGCCAGAGGGCAAGGUCAAAAUAGUGUGUAUGGCUGUCCAAAAAAACGAUCUUACCCCAGGACACCAAGUAAUGAAAAAUGUAAAAUAAGAGCAGGAGCAUUAUUUCUUAUAUUUGAAGGACAACAAGGGGCUGACGUUUUGGCGUGUCAGACACCUGCGUGAGCUUGUGUGUGUACAAAUAGAAGGCCAAACCCACCACUGGUGUGCAUGGCCAAAGAGCUCCAUUUUCAUGUCAUCUGACCAUAGCACCGCCUGGAGUUUGCUAAAUGGCAUUGGCACUUAGAUUGGCACCGGUGCUAUGAAAAUAGAGGUCUUUGGCCACACACCAGCGGUCGGUUUGGCCUUUGAAAAAACAAUGCAUAUGCAGAAAAUACCUGAUCCCUACUGUAAAAUAUGGUGGUGGAUAGGGAUCUAACAAUUCACCGAUACGCAUUGGUCCCCGGUUCAAAUGUUUGAUAUGAGUGCAUCUGUCCGCGGGACCCCAAACCGAUCCAAAUGUAGCAUACAUCGGUCAGAAAAUCGAUUCAAAUUUUACGAAACGCCUUUUCAUUUAAAUGUUUUGCUCAUAUCUACCUUCCGAAAAUACCUCAUAUUUUGUGACAACUGAUGCCUCCUCUCCUUCAGUGUCGAACUAAGCAUGUAACUGUGUUGACAGUCAUUUUGCAUGCCCAACAAUCCCAGGCAAUAUCAGGAGCCUAGUCAAACUGAGCACUGUGCCCAGCUUCGCACGCUGACCAACGCGAGGUAGGCGGCCCUGCACGGCACCUUCAGCAUUCAAAUGCUAAAAUGGCUUGUGUGAUAUUACACUUUAUUAGUUGAGUGAGAACCUAUGUCAUUUGUUAGGUUAUUGUUCUCUAUGCUCUGUUAAAUGUUUUACCGGUAUAAAAGUAAACUACCGGAGAAAAGUUAAUUAGCGGGUGAUGCUGAUUUCAGAACCAAAGUGGGAGAACAAAAACGUAGGCUACAUUGCCCCCACCCCCCCAGAUACGUAUCAAAUCAUCUUGAAAGGGAAAGAUGCACAUCUGAUAUUAUUUUGAAGGACAAUCAAGAGGCUGACAUUGUUGUCAGAUGCCUGCCUCAGAGCCGUGUAGUGUGUGUAUGAGGACUCAAGAGUCCAAGCCUCUCUAUGAACGUCCUUCACCCAAAUCAUGUAGAUAAACAGGGUCUCUCUUCUCUCUGUAUAUGAGAGCAUGUGUUUAUAUGAGAUAUAAUCCCAAUGAAGUGUGUAUUGAGAAGCAUGUUUAUUGACUUCUCUCUCCUUCUCUCUCUCUCUCUCUCCCUCCCUCUGCAUGUCUCUGUCUGUCUUUCUCUCUCCCUCCCCUCCCCAGAUGAAGACAGUGAGUGUAGCCCUGGUGUUGUGUCUCAACGUGGGUGUGGACCCACCUGACGUGGUCAAGACCUCACCCUGCGCCAGACUGGAGUGCUGGAUCGGUAAGAAAACACAAAAACACACACUUGCAUAAGCUAUUCCAAACUCAACUCGCACACAAAUAAUGAAGAAUAAUAAAGUCAUUAUUAUCUCAAACAAGACAUACCUUUGGGAAACAUUGGCUUUCUUCGAAUGCGUCCGACCUUCUCCCCAACCUGCCUGAAAGUUGAUGUUCUGGGCACUGAAAGAACCGCGUAUCCAGCAUAACUUGGAGAUAACCCCGUCAGUGAGCAUUAUGCGACCUCGGCAUUCGAAAGCAUCAUAUUCGGUGCGCUUCCAGAACGAUGUAUUUGCGGUGUCGUUCCCAUCUGUAGCUGUAGCUUUCAUGCAGCAGGAUAUUUUUUAGAAGCACAGAGAGGAUCAGUUCGGUUUCCAUUGCUUGUCAGGGACGUCACCAGGACCUUAGAUAAGUGGAAAGUUGGUGGACUAUAAUUUCCUCCUCAUAUUGCAGGCCUACAAUCUGUGUAUUCAUCCACUCUUGCAUUUAAGACGGGUCGUUUUCUCAGACCUGUAAAUACUAUGAUUUGCGGGUACCCUGUCAGCCCCUGGUCUUCAGGGCUGAGCCCCGGUUAUGAAUCUCUGGUGACGUCCAUGUUGCUUGUUCUGACCUCCUCCAAGAAUAAUGAAUGCUGAGGGUAGCAGGUACAAGAUAUUUUUAAGCAGAAUAUUUGUAUUAGCAUUUGAACGAUUUACAAUUCGAUUGCUGGACAAUCAAAGCCAUCCAUCCAACCCAUUUAUUCAGAUCUGGCAGUUCAAAGAGGAUAGUUUCAAAGGUAAUCGAUUGGGCCUAGUUACUGUUCAUAAGCAGUAUACAUUUUCUUUCAUUCUCUUAAAAUUGCCUAAAAUCUUCUUGUGCAAUGUAUAGCCUACUGUACUGUUUGUUUGUCUGUCUGCCUGUCUUGGUGAGAAUCUUAAGUUAAUAAAAUACUAAAAUAGUCAUCUUUAGUUUGUGUGCUUAGUAUUCACCUGAGUGUCCUCGCCAGCCAGGGUUGGGCUGCACUUUACAACAUUCUAAUGUUAUAGUCUUGUGAAUCUCUCAGGCAUAUUUUUUGAUUAAAUUGGAAUGAUGUGAAUAAUGAUGAUGGUGAGAGCUCAGUAUAGUCUAACCCUUUAAUCAUAGGCUAUUGUUACUUUGUGUCUCUCAAAUCACAAUGUUUACAUUUCUAUAGUCAUGUGACAGUAAUUUUUAAUUGAAAUGUCCAAAUGUCGGCCUUUUACCAGGUAAUAUUUUUUCUUGGAGUAUUCUAGUUUCAUAACUGAUGAAUAUUCGGUAUGCUAUAGCCUAAUAUUCUGCGCAUAUGAACACAUUUGUUUUAGGCCAUAUAAAGAACAGCUAUGUAUGAUUUAAUGAAAAGCAGCAAAGAGACAUAACCUGUCUGGGGGUCCUCACCCAGAAUUUAUUUGGGCAUCUAAAGCUAAUUUUGUGCAUUUUUACACAAUCCAAUGUGCCAUCUCUAUUUAGAAUAAAAAAAUUACGCAAAAAUGCCCUCAGUCACCAAGCUAGGUAAGAGAUCAUUAUUAAAUGUUUCAGUGAUUAAUAAGACUGAACUAUAUCAAAGGUAAUUCAAAAAUAAAUAUUAUUGCAUCUUUAACCAAUAUCCUAACAAAUGAACAACUCGUGAAAAAAUACAAAGACUUUUAUCUUUAUUAAGACAUCCACUAUAUCAAAUUUCAGCCAGCCCGAGCCGCCUGCACGCCCGACCCCCUCCAGUCUAGUCAAUAACUCAACUCUCUCCCAACACAAUUUCCUUCCCAGUUCAAUCACACUGUACAUUUUUUGGAAACAAAAUAAAAAAAAACCAACACCCCCCACUCAGGUUUAGGAUCUUAGUGGAACAUUUAUUAUUGGUUUCAGGUGUGUUAGGCCAAGGCCAGAGUGACCACCCACAGGACGGCAACCAGGGAUUGCCUAAAUAGGUAUCUCCCCUUAUGUGGGCAUGUUUUCAAUACAGACUUUCUUAGUCGUACUAUAUUCCAUAUAAGGCAUCCAGACCUUAUAAAAGUUGUCCAGUAUACCCUUAAUCUUGUAAUAAAUAAAAUAUAGUCAUACAUAACUUGACAUUGUAGGAGGAAAACCAACCUUCCAAUUAAUGGCAAUGCAUUUCUUAGACACUAUAAAUGCUUGGUUACACAGAAUCUGCAGGCGUGCUGAGAUAAAAUAAAAUACUCUUUGCUAGACUUCAGCCAGCCUUCACAAGAACAUACAGUGCAUUCGGAAAGAAUUCAGACCCCUUUACUUUUUCCACAUUUUAUGUUAUAGCCUUAUUCUAAAAGGGAUUAAAUAAGAUGUUUUCCUCAUCAAUCUACACACAAUACCCCAUAAUGACAAAGUGGAAACAGGUUUUUAGAAAUGUUUGCUAAUUUAUUACAAAUAUAAAAUAUACCUUAUUUACAUAUGUUUUCAGACCCUUUGCUAUGAGACUUCAAAUUGAGCUCAGGUGCAUCCUGUUGCCAUUGAUCAUCCUUGAGAUGUUUCUACAACUUGAUUGGAGUCCAGCUGUGGUAAAUUCAAUUGAUUGGACAUGAUUUCGAAAGGCCCACACCUGUCUAUAUAAGGUCCCACAGUUGACACUGCAUGUCAGAGCAAGAACUAAGCCAUGAUGUCAAAGGAAUUGUCCGUAGAGCUCCGAGACAGGAUUGUGUCGUGGCACAGAUCUGGGGAAGGGUACCAAAACAUUUCUGCAGCAUUGAAGGUCCCCAAGAACACAGUGGCCUCCAUCAUUCUUAAAUCAAAGAAGUUUAGAACCACUAUGACUCUUCCUAGAGCUGGCCGCCUGGCCAAACUGAGCAAACGGGGGAGAAGAGCCUUGGUCAGGGAGGUGACCAAGAAACCCGAUGGUCUCACUGACAGAGCCCCAGAGUACCUCUGUGGAGAUGGGAGAUCCUUUCAGAAGGACAACCAUCUCUGCAGCACUCUACCAAUCAGGCCUUUAUGGUAGAGUGGCCAAACAGAAGCCAAUCCUCAGUAAGAGGCACAUGACCGCCCGCUUGGAGUUUUCCAAAAGGCACCUAAAGGACUCUGACCAUGAGAAACAAGAUUAUCUGGUCUGAUGAAACCAUGAUUGAACUCUUUGGCCUGAAUGCCAAGCGUCAUGUCUGGAGGAAACCUGGCACCAUCGCUACGGUGAAGCAUGGUGGUGGCAGCAUCAUGCUGUGGAGAUGUUUUUCAGCGGCAGGGACUGGGAGACCAGUCAGGAUCGAGGAAAAGAUGAACGGAGCAAAGUACAGAGAGAUCCUUGAUGAAAACCUGCUCCAGAGCGCUCAGGACCUCAGACUGCAGCGAAGGUUCACCUUCCAACAGGACAACAACCCUAAGCACACAGCCAAGGCAACGCAAGAGUGGCUUCGGGACAUGUUUCUGAAUGUCCUUGAGUGGCCCAGCCAGAGCCCACACUUGAACCAAAUCGAACAUCUCUGGAGAGACCUGAAAAUAGCUGUGCAGCGACGCUCCCCAUCCAACCUGACAGAGCUUGGGAGGAUCUGCAGAGAAGAAUGGGAGAAACUCCCCAAAUACAGGUGUGCCAAGCUUGUAGCAUAAUACCCAAGAAGACUCGAGGCUGAACUCGCUGCCAAAGGUGCUUCAAGAAAGUACUGAGUAAAGGGUCUGAAUACUUAUAUAAAUGUGAUAGUUUCCUGUUUUUUUUAAUACAUUCCCAAAAAUGUCUACAAACCUGUUUUUGCUUUGUCAUUAUGGGGUGUUGUGUAUAGAUUGAUGAGGGGGGAAAUACUAUUUCAUCCGUUCUAGAAUAACGCUGUAACAAUAUGUGGAAAAAUUCAAGGGGUCUGGAUACUUUCAGAAUGCGCUGUAACAUAUGCAAAUAUGUCCCCUUUUGUGUUUUACACCUCCAGCAGAGGAAUGACAUUUCUGAGUGCAUGUAAUUCAGUUUCACUGGCAUAUAGUACGUUCUAUGGAUGGUCUUAAACUGCAGUAAUUUAUGUCUGAGAUGAUGAUGAUGAUGAAUGCCCAGUCAUGUUCAUAUCAUCAAUAGCUUCUACCAGGUUUUCCUCACAUUUUUCUUUGAUAUGUUUUGUGUCAUCGGAAAAAGCCUCCAUCAACCCUUGAUACAGUUUGGAAAUCAACUUUGGAGGUUUGUCAGACUGCCUUAAAAUAGCAUCUGGCUUGUCCAGUGUUUGCUGAAUGGAGAGAAUAAAAGGUUGUAUCUGCAAAAAUUCAACUCGCCUAAGUCACAGACUGGUCUUCCCUGGCUGCCUGCUGAGACUCCUGUCACCAUCUGAUCCUCCUAAAAUGAGGCAUGACAAAGGAUUAUAAUUGGCGUAGAUUUAUACAUUGAUUCUAUUCUUAGAUAAUAUUCACUACCGGUCAAAAGUUUUAGAACACCUACUCAUUCAAGGGUUUUUAUUUUAUUUUUUACUAUUUUCUACAUUGUAGAAUAAUAGUGAAGCCAUCAAAACUAUGAAAUAACACAUAUGGAAUCAUACUAACCAAAAAAGUAUAUUUUAUAUUUGAGAUUCUUCAAAUAGCCACCCUUUGCCUUGAUGACAGCUUUGCACACUCUUGGCAUUCUCUCAACUAGCUUCAUUAGGUAGUCACCUGGAAUGCAUUUUACAUUUUUUUAAAUUUUUUGUCAUUUAGCAGACGCUCUUAUCCAGAGCGACUUACAGUUAGUGAAUACAUAUCUCCCCCGUGGGAAUCGAACCCACAACCCUGGCGUUGCAAACGCCAUGCUCUAUCAACAGAGCUACAUCCCUGCCGGCCAUUCCCUCCCCUACCCUGGACGACGCUGGGCCAAUUGUGCGCCGCCCAUGAGUCUCCCGGUCGCGGCCGGCUGCGACAGAGCCUGGAUUCGAACCAGGAUCUCUAGUGGCACAGUUAGCACUGCGAUGCAGUGCCUUAGACCACUGCGACACUCAGGAGACAUUUCAAUUAACAGGUGUGCCUUCUUAAAAGUUAAUUUGUGGAAUUUCUGUCCUUAAUGCAUUUGAGCCAAUCAGUUUUGUUGUGAAAAGGUAGGUAUACAAAAAAUAGCCCUAUUUGGUAAAAUACCAAGUCCAUAUUAUGGGAAGAACAGCUCAAAUAAGCAAAGAGAAACGACAGUCCAUCAUUACUUUAAGACGAAGGUCAGUCAAUCCGGAAAAUGUCAAGAACUUUGAAAGUUUCUUCAAGUGCAGUCACAAAAACAAUCAAGCGCUAUGAUGAAACUGGCUCUCAUGAGGACCACCACAGGAAUGGAAGACCCAGAGUUACCUCUGCUGCAGAGGAUAAGUUCAUUAGAGUUACCAGCCUCAGAAAUUGCAGCCCAAAUAAAUGCUUCACAGAGUUCAAGUCACAUCUCAACGUCAACUGUUCAGAGGAGACUGCGUGAAUCAGGCCUUCAUGGUCGAAUUGCUGCAAAGAAACCACUACUAAAGGACACCAAUAAUAAGAAGAGACUUGCUUGGGCCAGGAAACACGAGCAAUGGACAUUAGACUGGUGGAAAUGUGUCCUUUGGUCUGGAGUCCAACUUGGAGAUUUUUGGUUCUCACCGUGUCUUUGUGAGAUGUGGUGUGGGUGAACGGAUGAUCUCUGCAUGUGUAUUUCUCACCGUAAAGCAUGGAGGAGGAGGUGUUAUGGUGUGGGGGUGCUUUGCUGGUGACACUGUCUAUGAUUUAUUUAGAAUUCAAAGCACACUUAACCAGCAUGACUAUCAUAGCAUUCAGCAGCGAUACGCCAUCCCAUCUGGUUUGGGCUUAGUGGGACUAUCAUUUGUUUUUCAACAGGGCAAUUACCCAAUACACCUCCAGGCUGUGUAAGGGCUAUUUGACCAAGAAGGGGAGUGAUGAAGUGUUGCAUCAGAUGACCUGGCCUCCACAAUCACCCGACCUCAACCCAAUUGAGAUGGUUUGGGAUGAGUCGGACCGCAGAGUGAAGGAAAAGCAGCCAACAAGUGCUCAGCAUAUGUGGGAACUCCUUCAAGACUGUUGGAAAAGCAUUCCAGGUGAAGAAUGCCAAGAGUGUGCAAAGCUGUCAUCAAGGCAAAGGGUGGCUAAUUUGAAUAAUCUUUUGUUUUAACACUUUUUUUGUUACUACAUGAUUCCAUAUGUGUUAUUUCAAUGUAGAAAAUAGUAAAAAUAAAGAGAACCCCUUGAAUGAGUAGGUGUUCUAAAACUUUUGACCGGUAGUGUAAUGGUUCAAUAAUUUAGAUGACCAUUAUUCCCAGACUGUUGCUUUAAUUUUAAGAUGAGGUCCUUUAGCUACUGUAGGUCUACCCAUCAAUUCAAUAUGGAACUUUGUAUCAUUCACUGAUAUUGUUAAUAUACUGCAAAAUUCACCUGAGCUCCAUAGACUGGUCUUCCCUGGUUGUCUGACCAUUUUUGGACCCCUGUCACCAUCUGAUCCUGCUAAGACAUGAUGAGCAUAGUGUUGUGUACUGACUGCACUAGAGGGCUGCAUUCCGGCGGGUCCCGACAGAGGUCAUUGCGGCGCGGUUGGCAUUUUUCAUGCUGCGGGCGGUCAGACAGACGACUUAGGGAUGCAAAUAUUUUUGUUGUCCCACAGAUUAUUUGGAAACAGUUCUCUUUCUGCUUUGUAUGCGAUAGCCUAUCUAUUGUAUUAAAAUCACAUACACUGCUCAAAAAAAUUAAGGGAACACUUCCUGGCUGAUGUUUUGGUCACUUUUGAAUGCUGGCGGUGCUUUCACUCUAGUGGUAGCAUGAGACGGAGUCUACAACCCACACAAGUGGCUCAGGUAGUGCAGCUCAUCCAGGAUGGUACAUCAAUGCGAGCUGUGGCAAGAAGGUUUGCUGUGUCUGUCAGCGUAGUGUCCAGAGCAUGGAGGCGCUACCAGGAGACAGGCCAGCACAUCAGGAGACGUGGAGGAGGCCGUAGGAGGGCAACAACCCAGCAGCAGGACUGCUACCUCCGCCUUUGUGCAAGGAGGAGCAGGAGGAGCACUGCUAGAGCCCUGCAAAAUGACCUCCAGCAGGCCACAAAUGUGCAUGUGUCUGCUCAAACGGUCAGAAACAUACUCCAUGAGGGUGGUAUGAGGGCCCGACGUCCACAGUUGGGGGUUGUGCUUACAGCCCAACACCGUGCAGGACGUUUGGCAUUUGCCAGAGAACACCAAGAUUGGCAAAUUCGCCACUGGCACCCUGUGCUCUUCACAUAUGAAAGCAGGUUCACACUGAGCACAUGUGACAGACGUGACAGAGUCUGGAGACGCCGUGGAGAACGUUCUGCUGCCUGCAACAUCCUCCAGCAUGACCGGUUUGGCGGUGGGUCAGUCAUGGUGUGGGGUGGCAUUUCUUUGGGGGGCCGCACAGCCCUCCAUGUGCUCGCCAGAGGUAGCCUGACUGCCAUUAGGUACCGAGAUGAGAUCCUCAGACCCCUUGUGAGACCAUAUGCUGGUGCGGUUGGCCCUGGGUUCCUCCUAAUGGAAGACAAUGCUAGACCUCAUGUGGCUGGAGUGUGUCAGCAGUUCCUGCAAGAGGAAGGCAUUGAUGCUAUGGACUGGCCCGCCCGUUCCCCAGACCUGAAUCCAAUUGAGCACAUCUGGGACAUCAUGUCUCGCUCCAUCCACUAACGCCACGUUGCACCACAGACUGUCCAGGAGUUGGCGGAUGCUUUAGUCCAGGUCUGGGAGGAGAUCCCUCAGGAGACCAUCCGCCACCUCAUCAGGAGCAUGCCCAGGCGUUGUAGGGAGGUCAUACAGGCGCACGUGGAGGCCACACACUACUGAGCCUCAUUUUGACUUGUUUUAAGGACAUUACAUCAAAGUUGGAUCAGCCUGUAGUGUGGUUUUCCACUUUAAUUUUGAGGGUGACUCCAAAUCCAGACCUCCAUGGGUUGAUACAUUUGAUUUCCAUUGAUAAUUUUUGUGUGAUUUUGUUGUCAGCACAUUCAACUAUGUAAAGAAAAAAGUAUUUAAUAAGAUUAUUUCAUUCAUUCAGAUCUAGGAUGUUAUUUUAGUGUUCCCUUUAUUUUUUUGAGCUGUGUAUUUUUGUCAUUAUUCACACUCAGAAUUCGCUGCUUCAACUUCAGUAGCUACUUCUCCUAGUUGGGCGUGAGAGUUCAACUGCGCCUAGUAUGUGUGGACUCAUUUGAAAUCGAGUAGGCUGCCUACAUGGGCAGAGAAUCAUGUGGCAGUUAAGAAAUUAACUUAAAUAUGAUUAGACUGUAGUUUACUAGAGUGCCUGUAAAUAAAUAUUGAUAAUGGAAAGAAAUGGAGGGCUCUCAACCAACGUGAGUCGAAGUGCAAUCAAAACAUUUAGUCAUCAUACUAUGGUGAGCGAGCGUUGCGCCUUUUCAUUUUCAAUAAGUAUUGAUUACCCAUUUAUUUGUCUCUGCCUGCAAAUCGUCUUCCUAAAAGGUAGGCUAUAUCCUAUAGGCCUACGCAAAACGUAGUGUCGCUGUCAUCAUUCUUGCUGCUUCCAGUUCAGUAGCCAUACCUGCGAGAUCAGGUGCGCGUGUGGUCUCAAUUAAAUAGAGUAGGCUAUAGCUUAAGCAUGGGCUGAGAAGCACGGGGCAGUUAUCUUUCCAAGGAAGAAGAAAUCGGUUUGCGUAAACCUCUACUGUACAGCAUGACAGUGAUGUCUGUAACAUUAGAGCUGUUUAUAACUGUCAGUGUGAGAAGUAGGGAAUUGGCUACAGAAACUGACAGAUCAAUAACGUUACAUUGCCAUACUGACUAAUAAAACUCACAUUGCACUGAAAAAGCGUCGGAAUAUCAAUCUUAAAUCGUUUGGCCGAGGGGUUCAUCGUUUGAUUCAGGUCUAGUGAGAUUGAGGCAAAAAGAAUAGCUAAAGUUAGCCAACUUUUGGCCAGUUCUCUCUCUAACGGUACAUCAACUGGCGAAAGCUAGCAAAGUUCAUUUACUUCUGAAACGGGACAAAACAAAGACUACAAAACAUUUCCAUACAAACAACAGCUGUUAGAUAGCGAUAUGAGGUGGUUAUUAUUAUUAGCUAACAGAUAACUAGAGGCUAGAGCUGACCUGGCUGUGGUGGCUACUAGCUAGCGUAGCUUAUUAAUUUACCUCAGUCGAGAGAGGAUGAAACAUUACCUAAUGUUACAUGUCAGUUACGAUACUAGCUCAGCACUGCGAAUAAACACUCGUUUUGUUUUUUCUGUUAAGUUAAACAGCAGUUACCUUGCCAGCUACAUCAGUCAACUAAAGAGUAGACAGUUUCUGCUCUGCUUGCGUUUACAACUCGUUUAAAGAGUGCAAUACAUACACACUGAACUAUGCUCAACUCUCCUGUGCUGGUCCAGCCAACCUUCCAGAAGCUUUGCCUUCACACAGCCUGUCAGCCCACUCUGUGGAAUCUGCGCGGUCCUAAAUCCAGCCGGCUGAACACUCCAAAUAGCCUACCCAACCGCUCGGCGGCGUCCUUAUUGGUCCUAAAGCACACAGUUGCCGAUUUUUUUUGUGUAACAUUGCAAUGAUAAAACUGGGUGGGGGGACAAAAAUGCAAUUUCAGAAUGUGGGGGGGACAUGACCCCGUCCCCAGUGAAAGUUGCGCCCCUGAAAGACUCAUAAACAGAAACGGGCAAUAGGCUAUUCAGUUGGCUUCAAUUUCCCGCCAAAUAGGCCUACAAGGAAACUCAACAUAUCUCGACGACAUUGAGUGCGGGAGGGGGUCAGCGCGCUGUGUAAUACCGUCCACAAAAAGUUUUGCUCAAAAAAAAAAAGGCACAUAUGCCAUGUGCACAAUGCCCCUUGUGGCGAAAGUACUGCAAUUUAAUCCAUUUGAAAUUACAUGGUCAUAAACUAGGUUUCCAUCCAAUUGGCUACAGAUUUUCAUUCAAGUACAAUUUUUUGUGGAUUUUAGACUAUUCACAUUUUCAAACCAGAGAUGGGUUUCCAUCAAAUUGACUUGUCGGUAAAAUGCUGUGCGUGAUGUCGUAGUGCACAUAAAAAUAGCUUUUGCGGUUAAAUUCCCAUGUACUGUACUGUACUGUACUGAAUAAAAAAGUUCAAUGGUUUUCUAUCACAUUUUCAACUCUACUGCUGGUUACCAAAAUGUUUGCGUUAUGUAGCGAAUUUGCCCACUCUGGUAUUGGCACAUGCGUUCUAGCCAACCGCUUGCAGAUACAGUGCUGUUUAAUAAUGUUAUUCUCUGCAUUGUGGGCAGAAUUUGAUAUCUCAUAAUCUAUAAUAUGCGCUAUGCUUUAUACAAUUGAUUUCUUCUUGUCAAUAUUUCAUUCUGAAGCGCUGGGGACAUUUCUCCAUAUUAUGAGUCCUCUGUAGCUCAAUUGGUAGAGCAUGGCGCUUGUAACGCCAGGGUAGUGGGUUCGAUCCCCGGGACCACCCAUACGUAAAAAUGUAUGCACACAUGACUAAGUCGCUUUGGAUAAAAGCGUCUGCUAAAUGGCAUAUUAUUAUUAUUAUUAUUAUAAUAAUUUUUGUAAAUUUUUUAUAUAUUUUUUAUAAGCAAAACAGCCCUACUAAACAAAUAGCGAGGGAUAGUCAUACUGGUUCUCUAUUGGGGUAACUAUCUGAACUGAAUCUCUGCUUCAUUGUGAUGGCAAUAUUGGGAUAUAUCUGAUCUCUGUAUUGUGGCAUAUCAAAUGGGCUGGAGGACACUUCAUCCAGAUCAUGUUUGGAAUACUGCAGCUGGCGAUUGCAUAAUAUACAUCACUUAUACACACUGUAUACAGAUCUGUUACUUCAGAUCUACAUGACUUUUACCUUCCCAUCUCGUGAACAAUGUAAAUGCAAAGUAUUAUGAGUAAUGUGGUCAUUUUUCUGUAUUCCACUACUGUUUUGUGGACAGAACGUUUCACCCUGUGUUUUGCUGUGCUGGUUGUCUCUCUGAUAAUGAGUGUCUGUGUUUCCUCUCCUCCAGACCCUCUGUCCAUGAGUCCACAGAAAGCCCUGGAGACCAUCGGGGCCAACCUGCAGAAGCAGUAUGAGAACUGGCAACCUAGG